AUGUCUCCAACGCCACCGCACGAGACAAGGAGCGAAGCAGUACAUGAGUAUGAAGAUCCUCAGGCAGGUGCGAAAGCCGUCAAUAAUGCCGGGAAAUUUGCUCCACCACAGGAUGAGAAGCCUACACAUAAUUCUCAGUCAUGCAAUAGCCUAGAAUGCAAGCCCCAUGCUACAGGGGAAACGGAUUUGUCAGUCACCGAAGCAUUGAACAAACCGAGUGAAGAGUCCCCCGAACCAUACUACGCCCCUGCUCAAGUCCCGGCUUUUAAAGCUCUCCAGAAGAAGCGCCUAACGGGCACCCGCACGAAGCAGCUCCUUCGUGCUGCAGGCCGGGCACACGACGAUCCGCCGCCACCGCCAGAACUCGGCUUGUGCUGUGGCAGUUCGUGCGAUCCAUGCGUCAAUGACCUCUGGCGCGAAGAGCUAUCUGUGUGGAAAGAGAGAUGGGGGGGAUCGAGGGGUGGAGGGAGGAGCCUCGAGGAAGGAGUUGGAAUAGUGAUCUGA